AUGUCAAAAAGGGUCUUAUACAACACUUUCGAGGCAAAAGACUCCUCUGUUGCCCUCCUUCAACCCCCAUCCACGCCAGCCGAAUCCGAUUCAUACAGCCAAAGUGGGGCAAUAGCAUCAGGCGGCUCGGCGGAGUACUACUCGCCUGUACCAGGAUACGAGGGGAACCAUCGAUAUGACCCGAAAGCAACAUGGACAGCGAAAGAAGAGCAGAGACUUGUCCGGAGGCUUGACUACCGAAUCUGCUCUUGGGUCUGUCUGAUGUUUUUCGCUCUGCAGCUGGACCGCGGCAAUAUCUCCCAAGCUUUAUCUGACGGCAUGCUCGGUGAUCUGGGGCUAUCAACGAACCAAUAUAACUAUGGAAUGACAAUAUUCUAUUUCUGCUUCCUAUGCGCCGAGGUUCCCUCGCAAAUGCUCUCGAAGAGACUGGGCCCAGACCGGUGGAUUCCUAUACAGAUGGUCGUCUGGAGCGUUAUUGGGAUUUCUCAGGGAUUCGUGAGCGGGCGGAAGAGUUUCUUUGCGACGCGCGCUCUGCUGGGACUGGUUGAGGGCGGGUUUAUCCCCGAUGCGCUGCUUUAUUUGUCCUACUUCUAUACGAACAAGGAGCUUCCGAUGCGAGUCGCGCUGUUUUAUUGUUCUUCGAACGGUACAUAUAUUGUUGCGGCGUUUUUGGCUUUCGGGAUUCUUCAUAUGCGCGGGAUAGGCGGUUGGGAGGGCUGGAGGUGGCUGUUCGUGCUUGAGGGUACUGUCACGGCUAUUAUUGGUCUUAUCUCGUGGUUCUACUUGCCUCCUAGUCCCACGCAAACUGCAAGCUGGUUUCGUGGAAAGGAUGGUUGGUUUACGGAGAAAGAGGAGGUUAUUAUGGUCAACCGUGUCUUGCGUGAUGACCCAGGCAAGGGCGGAAUGCAUAAUAGACAAGGCUUGACAUUAAAGCUUUUAUGGGCCAGUCUGAUGGACUACGACCUUUGGCCUCUUUACUUUAUCAGCAUUACCAUGCUAAUCCCUACACACCCGCAAUCCGCAUACUUGACCCUAUUCUUGAAGUCUUUGGGCUUUGAUACUUUCCAAGUUAACCUGCUGACUAUCCCCGGAUACAUUUUGUUUCUGAUCCAACUAGUCCUCUGGUCCUGGGUAUCUGAACGAAUCAACAAUCGCAUGGCUAUUGUUCUUUACUAUUCGUUUUGGUGCAUUCCCCUUCUAUUGGCACUGGAAUUCCUUCCAUCAACUGCAAGCCCCUGGGCCUGGUACGCAAUCACCGUACUUAUAAUUGGGCAUCCAUACAUACAUUCCAUAAACGUGAGUCUGAUCUCACGUAACGCUGGAUCUGUACGCACGCGCACCGUUGGGAGUGCUGUGUACAAUAUGAUCUGUCAAGCCGGUGCCAUCAUUUCAUCCAAUGUCUACCGGGAUGAUGACAAACCUUACUAUAGGAGGGGGAAUAGGAUUCUUCUUACCGUCGUAGGUUGGAAUAUUGUGAUGACCAUCUUCAUCAAAUGCUAUUUCGUAUGGAGAAAUAGAACCCGCGAGCAGAUUUGGAAUUCCAUGAGCGCGGAGCAGAAGAAUCACUAUCUCAAAACGACAGAGGAAGAAGGUAACAAACGGUUAGAUUUCCGAUUCGCUCAUUAA